AUGGAGAGGAUUUUUAAUUUCCUCCAUUGUAAUGCACAAGAACGUUUGUCAUGUGUGGCGUUCCAGCUGACUGGGUCAGCAGAUUUUUGGUGGGAGGCCAAAAGAAAGGCAAUGCCCCCUCAACAGUUAGCAAAUUUGUCUUGGGAAGACUUUAAAACGGAAAUAUAUGACAAGUACAUUCCAAAAAGCUACCGCAAGAGAAAGGAAACGGAAUUCUACAGUCUCAAGCAAAAUAAGAUAUCUGUAACAGAGUAUGAUUGUAUUUUCUGCGACAUGUCCCGCUAUUCUCCACAACAAGUGGAUACUGAUGAAAAGAUGUCGGAGAAGUUUCGUUCUGGUCUUAGGCACGAGAUAAAAAUGGCACUCGCCAGUCAUGGUGAUCUUACUUAG